AUGAUUUUUGCAGUGAAUAAUUGCUGUUCGUUAGCACUAGGUGGUGGAGAUUACCUUGUACUGGGGGAGUCGCUCGUUGGAAAUCAGAGCAUAAUAUCAAAGAAUGGCAUGUUUGAACUGGGAUUUUUCAGUCCAAGAGGAACGAAUAAUUGGUACAUUGGCAUCUGGUACGCACAAAUUUAUCCACAGGUCAUAGUUUGGGUAGCUAACAGAGAUAAUCCUAUCAGAAGCAUGCUCGGCGUUCUGAAAUUUUCAAGCGACGGUCAUCUCAGAUUGCUUGAUGGGCCGAACAAUUCUGAGAUUGUUUGGGAGAGCUUCGCGCAUUCGACAGAUACAUGGUUACCUGGAAUGAAGCUGUGGAAAGGGAUGAAGCUAACUUCAUGGAAGAGUUAUGUGGAUCCUACAAGUGGGCUCUUCUCUGUAGGAAUGGACAUGUCUCCAGGAAAGACAACAGAUGCUGAUGGGUGUAUCUCUGUAGAUGAGAAGGGUGAAAUAAAAUAUUGGGACUUGAUGGAUGAUGGGACUUGGAAUCAGGGAUGGUCGACAUACCAAGGUCAAUGCAGUGGGUAUGAUAUCUAUGGGGCAAAUGGAUUGUGCAAUAUUGCAAAUGAUGUGUGUAGUUGUAUUAAGGGUUUCAAGCCCAAGCGUGACACUAAAGGUUGGUGGUCAAGUGGGUGUUCUCGGCGAAGGCUUCUGCAAUGCUCUGUCAUAGAGAGCACAACUGACGGCUUCUUGGAAUCCAAGAACCAAAACUUGCCCGAAGAAGAAUCUAUCUCAUACAAGAAGAAGUCAACAAUGCAAAUUUGGGGUUUCCAAGUCCGCGGGAAACGGGAAUCAGCACGUCGAAAAGAUAUAUUAGCGCUUCCGCCCAACAGUAUCGACGCGGGCAAAAUAUAG